AUGAAGGAAGACGAAGCAGCUGGAUACCGAAACCAUUCACCUUCCCCUGUAAGCAGUCGUCCUACCAGUCCUGCGAAUAAUCCUUUCACUGCCAACAACUCUUCGUUCAACAACAUCCGAGCACAAUCACCACCGCCACCUACACCACGCCAUAAUGAUGCAUACGAGCUGCAACCACCACGGCCACCAGCAGCCUUGGACCCGAUGGAUGCAUUUCUUGUUGAGAUCGAUCAAGUGAGAAAAGAGAUUGCCAACGUCAACAACGACAUAGAUGCUGUUGAACGACUUCACAACACGGCACUUGCCAGCUACAACGACGAUCAAUGGCAAUAUCAUGCACGCGAGCUGGAACAGCUGCAAGAGUCGGUACGUGCUCAGAACGCAACUAUCAAGAACAGAAUUACUGCAAUCGAACGUACCAAUGCUCAAUCGAAUAAUCCUGGCGAGAGCAAAAUGCGUCGAACGCAGAGUGAAAAUGUACGAAAGCGAUUUCUGGAUACCAUCCGACGGUAUCAGGAAAUCGAAAGCGAUUACCGUCAUAAGUAUCGUCAACGUGUCGAACGCCAGAUCAGGAUAGUGAAGCCUGAGGCUACCGAAGAAGAGGUGGAUCGUAUCAUGGAUUCAGACCAGGGCACACAAGUCUUUACGCAGUCGAUUAUACAAGCAGGCAGACAGGGUGCUAGUCGCGCUGUGUUGUCCGAAGUACAGAAUCGCCAUAUCGAUAUUAAGCGUAUUGAAAGAACGCUUGUGGAACUGCAUCAAUUGUUCCAAGACAUGCACAUGCUUGUCGAGCAACAGGGCGAUGUUUUGGUCAAAAUCGACGAUCGUGCACAAGAAACAGCAGGCGAACUCAAAGAAGGGAACAGCGCCGUCAAGCGUGCGGUUGAUCUUGCUCGAUCCACAAGAGGGAAAAAAUGGUGCUGCCUUGUGCUUGUGAUCAUUCUUUGCGUUGUCAUUGCGAUUCUUGUGUGGUGGUUUGCCUUUGAUCAUGUUUUCUUGCGAACGAGAAAUAUGAUUUUGCUGGAUGAGAAGGUAGAGGUCUGA